CUUUUGCCAGCUAUCCUUCUUCUUCCGCCCAAUUGGGCGAUUCGUUAUCUUGAGCGAGUCAUAGAUAGAAUUCCGUGUCCUCAGUCAGUACACCACCUACUAAUCGAUCUCUAUGCUCGCCACCCAGAUGCUGCUGUCAAGGCAACUGAGACCAGUGAUAACAAUACUUCCAAUAGCGACCCUUUAAUGGCUUAUCUGGAACGUGCAAGUGCCUGUGCGCUAAGUAUUGUCUCUUCGGGACAUCUACUACUUCCCGGCGGGACUCACGACUUUGGUGAAACAGAAUUAGACGGUCGGGGAAACAUAGAAUCAGACGAUGAGUUCGGAAUCUACGCUAGUCGCUUAAGGACUGAGCGCGCCAGCACAAUUCGGGCAGACGAAAACGAUUUGUCUCUUGCAUGCGAUUUUGUCACUACCUCCCCUCGAACAGAAUUAGAGCAAGGAUCCGUCUGCUAUCUCCCUCGUUCAAGUAUUUUACUCGACUCCUGCCACUCCAUCUGUGCUACUCGAGGCACACUCUGCCUCUGGGAGAUUAACAUGAGGCUAAAGCCCCUGAGUAAUCAUCAUGGUCAAACCUUCGCUUCAUGGACCAUGUCCAUGGUAAAACAGACCUACUUUUAG